AUGUCUCGAUCUAUCCGUGCAGAGACCCGUUCUCGGGCUAAAGAUGAUAUUAAGAAAGUUAUGAACGUAAUUGAUCGCGUUCGCCAUUGGGAGAAGAAAUGGGUUACUAUAGGCGACACCACAAUGAAAAUAUACAAAUGGGUGCCAAUUUCAACCCACAAUGAUUUAAAGAAACCUAUGAAGCAUAAAGAAGGCCUUAAAAAGAGUAUUGUGGACACUUCAAAUUCAAACUCGAAUUUUAGUAUGGCGGACGAUUCAAACACCUGUUUUUCAACUGUAAGCGAUUCUCAGGGUGCCACUGAUUUCUCGAUGCACAUGACCUUUUCUGAAGAUUCCAAUUCCCAAGGUAGUGAAAUGGUGGUGAAAAGAAUGAAAACAGACUGA